UAAAAAGAGAGAAAAGUCAGAAAACCUAAAUAUCUCAAAUCGCAGAGGUUCUCAUCUCUCCAGCGUCCGAUCAAUCUCUCUUCCCAGCAUAUCCUUGCUUCCUCCUCCAAUCAACACACCUCUCUAUUUCACUCCCGCGCCUUUUUUUUUCGAAUUCUUCUUCUGGGUUUGUUUGUGUUAGAUGGCGGAGUCGCAGGCCAAGAGUCCCGGAGGCGGUGAGAGCGGCGGAGACCAAAGCCCUAGGUCGUCGUCGCACGUCCGCGAGCAAGACAGGUUUCUUCCGAUUGCGAACAUAAGCCGAAUCAUGAAAAGAGGGCUCCCUGCUAAUGGUAAGAUCGCUAAAGACGCCAAGGAGAUUGUCCAGGAAUGCGUCUCCGAGUUCAUCAGCUUCAUCACCAGCGAAGCGAGUGAUAAGUGCCAAAGAGAGAAACGGAAGACCAUUAAUGGAGAUGAUUUGCUUUGGGCUAUGGCCACUUUAGGUUUUGAAGACUACAUCGACCCCCUCAAGGUUUACCUCACUAGAUAUAGAGAGAUGGAGGGCGACACAAAGGGAUCAGCAAAAGGUGGGGAUGCAAAUGCAAAGAAAGGUGGCCAAUCAAGCCAAAAUGGCCAGUUCUCGCAGCUUGCUCACCAAGGAUCUUUCUCGCAAGGUCCUUACGGCAGCUCUCAAGGUCAGCAUAUGAUGGUUCCAAUGCCGGGCACAGACUAGUAUCAUGGUGUUCCCACACGGCUCGUCUGUAUAUUAUUGUGUUGUUGUUGUAAAAGGAUGCUUUUUUGCUAUGCAUAACUGUAACAAUAAUCAUCUCAUUGUUUGUUUGUUUUCCUUUGGAUUGUUCUGAACAAGUCAAAGUAUUCUUAUUUAUAUUUGGUUUGUGGAUUGUUU